UUUGCUGCAACAUCGACACAUUUCAAAAAUCGGCAUUUUCCGUAUUAUAUUGGAGAAAGAACCCUUCUAGUCUUCCCGAUUUUCUGGUAGAACGACAUUUCUCAGCUUUCAAAAAUGAGCGCGAGAGGGCACUAUGUGUCGUUAUUCUGUUUCGGCGGGAAACUAAGCAUCUACAGCUAGAGAGAACUAUUUCAGUUAGUAUUCAUCGGUCGUUUCAGAAAGUGCACAUCAAUGUCUUGAAGAAAGUCAUAUUUUGUGUUGUGACGUUCUUGUUGAAAAGGUGAGUUGUUGUAAAAUGGAUUUGUAAUAAGCAAUAUCGUCUUAAUAAUUGAUGUGACCAUAUUGUUGACAAAUAGUCGAGGCUUUAUUUGAGGUGUAUUAUUCAAUAUGCCACUCUUGCAGCAAAAAUACUAGUUCACUCUUGUAUCAGUUUAUGUUAUGACACUCUUGCAGAGAAUAACUUUCCCAUUCCUAUAAUGCCAUGAUGACACAUUUCCAUAAAUGUCCUUAUUACUGCAAAUAUAUGUUGUAAAAUGUGAGAACAUCAUAAAUUAUUUUGUGUUGUGUCGAUCUUGCCGAAAUCAUAGCAUCCAAAGUAUUCACAUUGAAUUUUUCUCCAUCUCAGAUUUCCAAAAUUAUGGGUGAUCGUGGGAAACUUAUGUUGAAACUAGCUCGUGAAAAGAACGAAAAAUUGUCCAAAGAAACGUCCACUGAAUCUAUGGAGAUCGUUCGAGACAACAUAACAAAUGCUACCGAAAAUUGCGCUGCGAUAAAUGCGUCAGACUCCAUAAUCACUUCAGAACCAAUAGCUACCAUAGAAAAUAAUGAAUCAAAUUAUCAUCUUUCUGACUCGCCCAGACAAGAAGGCUUGGUAGAACAAUUUGAUCUAUCAUCCUCUAGUAGUAGCUCGUCUUCAACAUCUAGUUCUGGAGAUUCAAGUUCAUCAGAAGAUUGCGAUGAUAUACUUUAUGACAAAACUUAUACUCCCCAAGAUGACUCGGAGUCUGAUGAAGAUAACAUCAAUAAUCUUAUCCCAGAAACUGAUGCUCCAAAUCAAGUUGCGACGGUUACAUCGGAGUCAAAUUCAAUCCAUGCUGAGGAAGCAACGCCACCUUUGAAUGCAACGGGCAAUUCAGUCAAUAUUCUGAUAACACCUGAGAAAAAAAGCCUCAAACGAAAAAGUAACGAAAACUGCUGGAAAAGAAAUAUUUUGAAGAAAGCUCGAAAUACCGGGAAAGCAUAUGAAACUCACACAUCAAGUGAAAAAAUCAAAAAUGAAAGGAAAAUGAAGCCAGCUUGUGGAGAAAAAUGCAAACUAAAAUGUUCAGAAAAGUUUGCAGAAGAAGAACGGUUAAAAAUAUUUUCCGAAUAUUGGGCACUUGGAGAUAUCCAAAAACAAAGGCAGUUUAUUUCCAAUAGCAUGCAAGCUGUUCAACCAAAAUACAGGUAUAUUCGUAUUGGCGGUACACGUAGCCCUAGACAGAACAACAACUCCUUCUAUUUCAAUAUGAACAAUCAGCGAAUACGUGUGUGCAAGUUAUUCUUCAAAAAUACACUGGACAUUAAUGAUCGCCCUAUACGUACAGUAUUGACUAAACAAAACAAAGUAGCUGAUACAUUGCUAGAAGACGAUCUACGUGGAAAACAUGGAAAGCAGAAGAAGGUUAGUGAAGUGGUCAGGAAUGGUAUCAAGCAAUUCAUUCAGAAUAUCCCCAAGAUAGUCACUACACAAGGGCCAACACGAGCAAACUAUUCAUCGAUGGUAGUAAGACUAUUUCACAGCUCCACGCAGAUUACGUUACUGAAUGCAAAACGAAAAAUGCUCCUUACGGAAAUUAUGUCUUAUUUUAUCGUGUUUUCACGAAUGACUUUAACCUGUCGUUCUUUGUGCCUAAAAAAGAUUUGUGUGAGACCUGCAGUAGUUAUGAGAAUUCGAAUGAUGCCGAGAAAGAAGCUAUGAAAGAAGGAUAUGAUCAGCAUUUACAUGAGAAAACAUUAUCAAGAAUCGAGAAACAAAGAGACAAAGAGGACGCAAAUGCAGUAGUAGCAGUCUACGAUCUUCAAGCAGUAGUACAAUUACCUAAAGGCGACGUAUCCGUUUUUUAUUAUAAAUCAAAAUUGAACGCUUUGAAUUUUACAGUGUAUGACUUGCAGAGUAAUAAGUGCGAUUGUUUUGUUUGGGACGAAUCGCAGGGUCAUAGGGGUGUGAAUGAACUCGGAACAUGUGUCUUGAAAUAUCUAAGAGAAAUAAACCAGAACAAUUCAAAUGCUAACAGAGAAGUUAUAUUCUACUCGGAUAACUGUGCGGGUCAACAGAAAAAUAAAUUUAUGGUCGCAUUAUAUUUAUACGCUGUUCAAAAAUUCGAAAAUAUUAAAUCUAUAACACACAAAUAUCUGAUCAAAGGACAUACUCAGAAUGAAGGUGAUUCGGCGCAUUCUUUGAUUGAAAGACAAAUGAAAAGGCAUUUGAGAGGCGGGCCUAUGUAUACUCCUGCAGCUUUCAUUUCGGUGAUACAUUUGGCCAAAACAAAAGGAGAACCAUUUAAAGUUCACGAGAUGAAUUUUGAAGAUUUUUCUGAUAUAAAAACUUUGGCUACAGACAUAGGUCUUGGGAAUAUGGCUGGUAUGAAACUUUCUGAAGUGAAAAUUCUGCGGGUUAUUAAAGAUGAUCCAAAUUCAGUAUUUUUCAAAACAUCCUAUUCAGAUACUGAUUUCCAGAAAGGGACGGCAAUAAAAAAGAAGAAAAAAACAGAUAUAACUUUGCAGCCAGCAUUCAAUGUGAAACCAGGAAUUUCUGAAAGAAAGAAAGAUGAUCUUAUGGACUUAGUGAAAAAAAAACACAUUCCUACUAAUUAUAAAUAUUUUUUUGAAAGUUUAUAAUGAUUUGCUACAAAGUUUUUAGGCAUUCUGUAUUCAUCAUUUCUUUAGAAGCUACAUUUGUUUAAUUUUUUUCAGAAAGUUUGAAUAAAUCGGUUUUGAUAAAUCAGUUUUCACUGCAUUUGUGCCUUUGCCUGUCAUUCCAAAUUACUACAAGAUUGGCGUAACGCAAGAAAAGUAACAGAACAUAAAUUUUUCAUUUCUGCAAUAACGUCCUUGACUGAAAUGAUACAGUGGAGUUUUGUGAAAAUUUCUGUAAGAGUGACAUAACUGAAACCUUAUUUAUUAAUUUCAAUUAAUAAGUUUGCAAUAGCAUAUAACUAACCCACCUAGUUUCACAAUAUAUUCGUAAGACUCGGAUAUACAAGAUCAUGUAAGAAAUAGAACAAAUUUUUGACUGGCUAUGGACUGAGAAUUUUUUUAAACAUAAAAAUCCGUUUUCCGUGAAUACGCUGAUUUUGGUUUAUGUCACUAUUGUAGCAAAUGAGCGACAUA